AUGUCUCAACCAAGCCCCUCCGUGGACACCCAGACUCUGCUUCAGUCCAUGCUCCAGAGACUGAGGCUCCAGCCUGGCUCAGAGACCCAGCACGGCAGGCAGGGACAGGCCCCCCACGGCCCCACCACAGCUGCCCAGGGCCAGGGGGAGGAUGGGGGGAGACCUGGGGCUAACAUCAUUGGCAAUGGAUCUGUGGCGCUGUCUCCGGCUGAUGAUGUCAGAGGGGCUGAGGGCAAAGGGGGAUGUGAGAAGGCCAGGAAGCAUGAGAUGAGGAUGUGGGACUCCAGGGAGGAGUUUGGGAUACCGGCUUGGGACAGUAAUGUUUGGGGAUCCAGACGGAAAGAGAAAGGGGAGGAAGGGAGGAAGCAACCCACUGGCAGUCUCCCCAAGUUGGACAGGGGACAGAUGGUGUCAUCCCCUUCGGCUGCUCAGGGUGCCCCUGUCCUCACCCCCUCCCCCUCACAGGAUGCUGGCAGUGAAAGAGGUGACCCAGGGGGGUCAGCGGGGGCUCUACCAACAAUGAUGACCUUCACAGGAACUCAAACCGGGAAUGAGGGCCACAUUGACCCAUCACCUCUGGGUAACUCAUCUCUAAACUCCAAGACCAAGGGUGCUCAGAACCAUGACGGGUCGGUUCUAAUGGCGUCAAACUCUGACUUUACCCCCAGAGUCUAUGAUUGGUCCUUGAAGAGCACAGAAUUAUAUCCAGACAUAGGGAGUCAAAUGGAGAGGUGGCGGCCUUUGGAGAAUGGGUCAGAGAUUCCGGGACAUGAUGUCAUGGAGAUUAUGUCACCCAGUCAAGGUGUAGCAGAAAACACCUCGUCAACUAAGAUGAUGAAGAGAUUGUCUGAGAACACAACACAGAGAUGGACACAGAGGAUAAAGGAGAAAUGGAGGGACAGGCAUGGGAGUUUUGGGAAGAAAAGGAAAGCGGAGGAUGGAGUGAGAGAAGAGAGGAAAGAUGCAAAACAAGUUAAAGUAAGUACAGUAAAGUUUACUUUGACUCAUUUUAUUUAUUUGAUGAUACAGACCAUUUCAUUAGCAAAUACAUCAACAAGUAACAUCUUCGCUAACCUUUGUUAGCUUACUGACUAGCAUUACACUCGAAGAUUCAAUACAUUUUUCAUUCAACAGUUUCCACAGCAACAUCAGCUGUCAACCAGAGAAGAUAAAGUCACUAAGAUGUCCAAUAAAGAAGGCGAUACUCAGUCACCAAUCAGAGAGGGCAAGGAGGAAGCCCCUCCCACUCUGUCAGAAGACAGUGGUACAGAGGGUCAGUUCAGGUCGGUUCAAAACAACCAGACAAUCAAACAGCUGUCAGUGUAGCAGAUCAGCGUCGAUAUGUGUUAGCGGCCAUGGUUUGGUUGUUCAGCCUCUGUGCAUUUGGCUAACUCAUUACCCAAGGAAGUAGAUUAUAACUACUGUCUUGUGAUUUGAUGUGCAUUGGUUCAAAUGUAAUAUGUGUACCAGUUUGCCUAUAGUUACGGCAUGGAGUAUUUCCUAGUCAGGUCAUGAAAACCUUUUUGCCUUAAUUAUAUACUAUGGAACAGCGGGGACUGUGAAGAGACACACAGGCACAGACACACAUACACAUGAUAAGACCCGCACUCUACACACACGUACAGACAGACACACAUACACAUGAUAAGACCCGCACUCUACACACAUGUACAGACAGACACACAUACACAUGAUAAGACCCGCACUCUACACACACGUACAGACAGACACACAUACACAUGAUAAGACCCGCACUCUACACACACAUACAGACAGACACACAUGCACAUGAUAAGACACGCACUCUACACACACGUACAGACAGACACACAUACACAUGAUAAGACCCGCACUCUACACACACGUACAGACAGACACACAUACACAUGAUAAGACACGCACUCUACACACACGUACAGACACACAUACACAUGAUAAGACACACACUCUACACACACGUACACAUGAAGGGAUCCUUAAUAAAUACAAAUACAAACAGGGCUAAGAGAUUCUUCUGACUAUGUGAUCUAACUAGGAAUAACACCUUGCUCAAGAUAUUACCUACCUAUGAUUUCACAUCUGAGUAAGUUCUGUGUGCUAUUUGUGUAUGCAAGGGGAGGUUGUCAUAGCUGAGACAUUAGUUAGGGUGAUACUGUGCACUUUCAGCUUUGAGGUGUCAGACACACCCUAGUCACUGACAGUUACUGUCUCUCUCACUCGCACACACACAGGAAGUUCUCAGUUCCUGUUUUAGUUAGUAUUGAGUAAGACAGUGGUGCUUUGAUAGAUAGUUAUAUACUGUAUGUACAUGUUUGAUAUAUCUAAUCUAGUAUUCCUUAUUUGUCAUGACAGAUCCCCAAGUUCCUUUGAGUUCAGUCUUGGAUCCUUUAGCUUGUUGGAGGAGAUCCUCACAGGGCAGGAGUGGGCCAGGUUUCUAAACCCAUCCCAAGUAGACGCCUCAGCCAAUCAAACACCAGCUGAAGAGGUCACAAAUCAAUCAGAGACCAGCCAGAACCGCCCACAAGAUCAUGAGAGCGCCCAAUCAACUUUGACCUUGGACAGAGUCAGCCAAUCAGGAAACGUGAACAGUCAGUGGGACUUCAGACCAAGUGAAUUGGACCAAAGUUAUGAUAGAAGCGCUGAUGUUUCUGCACCUGUCAAUAUGAAUAUCACAGAACCAAGCCUUGUCCAAGAACAGAACAGUAAAUGUGAACUCAUCCAAUCAGCACCAAAGGAAUACUGUCAUGUCCAAUCACAAACCAGCUCUGAUGAAGUGAGGCCAAAUCAUAUCCCUGUGUUAGAGUUCUCCUUCAUUAAGGUAAGAUUUCACUCAAACAUUAUUGGGUAGUUUCCUGGAUGCAGAUUAAGCCUAAUCCUGGACUAAAAGGUAAUUUAAAUUAGGAGAUUCUCCAUUGAGUUUGCAUUUUAGUCCAGGACUAAAUUUAAUCUGUGUCCGGGAAAUCGCCCCUAUAGGCCUUAACUUAAACCCUAUCACUAACCUUUUAUGUAACCCUGAAUUAACUCAUCCUGAUUAACUAAAAUAUAUGCCUUUGGGGGGGUUCUACUAAGAUACCAUAUGGAAUUGUUUCAAGAUGGUCAUACCAUGGAUCAUUUAGCUAUUUGAUUUGGAAUUUUAGGACCACUGUAGGUAUAUAAAAAAAUAAUAAUGAAUUUGUCCUUUACUACUGUACUAUAGCCCAUAGAAAUGCAUUGAAUAACAUUAAUAAAUGGCAAAACAGAGUAAAAAAAAGAAUCAUAAGGAAUAAUUUUUGAAGUGUCUGUCCUAUAUCUAGGAGUUAUAAGAAAGCUCAGGAAAUAUUUUAGUUUUUUUGACACAUAUUUAACCCCUUUUUUUGUUGGCACAAAACUACCUCCAUACUUCCACUCAUUUUUUAAACCAGUACCGGGUUACCUUCAGACGAGUGUAGCCCAAACGGUUUGGACACUACAGACAGAAGUUGGCACAUCGGCGGUACUGACUUCAGACGAGUCCAGUGGGACCAAACCGAUUUUCGGGAUGUCUCAUGGUCUGACAAACACCGCUGUAGUUCCACCGCAGAUGCGGAAGGUCAACAUAGGCAGAUGCAGUGGAUUGACUCAGCCCUUGCAAAAAAACGAUAUCUCUAUCUUAAACUGACAGAUUUUGAUGGGGAUUUUUGUAUUAUGUUACAUAGAUUGAUGCACUGGUGCGUCAGUAAUAGACUCUUAAGGAUUAAAGUUGAUAAUAGUGUACCUUGUUGUUCCACAGCCAGUGGAGGUCUUGGACAGCUCUGCCCUGAAGAGCAGGGUCCACCUGAACAGAAAAAGAGUGCACCAGUCACAGGAGAGGGAAGAAGAGAGGGAAUGUUUAAAAGGAGAGGGGAGAGAGAGAAAAGAAGACAACUCAGUCCCAUCUGAUGAGGACAAGAGGGAAGAGGGGGACAUCUUCAUGAUGCCUCUCUACCCCCUGAAAUCCUCCCUUUCCCCUCUCACUCCAUCCUCCCCCUCUUCCUCCCCCUCCUCACAUCCCCUUGUCACCCGAAGUAUACUGCGACACUCCAUGUCUCAAGAUUUAGAGUCCUCACUAUCAAUGGAAACAGUGACCAAAAAGGUAAGGACAGAUUUUACUCUCAGUUGUCUGUCCCACACUGUCAGCAUUUGGACUACUGUAAAUUGAAAAAUCACCUGGGGCAUUCACCCAACCCUUCUCUCUCACUCUUUCUCUCUGUCUGUCUCUCUCUCUCUUCUCUCCUCUCUCUUUCUCAGAGGCGGAUGUCAAAAUCUCGUCACGUGCGGUUCUCUGAGGAGGUAGUUACCAUGCCGCCCAGCCUCCUGAUCCAGCAGGAUUACGAAUCAGAGGAGGAUUGUGGGACAGAGGAGUACUCCACACUAGAGGAGAAUGCAGUGAUGAAGGAGGAAGUUGAAGUUGUGCCGAUGAUGCCACAGCCCACUGCUGCUCUCCCCGCCUGGAUAUUAGCUCUGAGGAAGAAGACAAGGAAGAAACACUGA